CGAGCGGGCGGGCGGACCGGCUCCACCGCUCCAGCCUCCAGGACUCCAACUCGCCCACGCCCAGCCCAGGUACAACGACCAACCAACUCACCGCUCUCUCCAAAAACGUGGCGGCGGAGGAAACAAAGAAGAGGCUCCACAGUUGACAUGCCGUUCCCCUCCCGCCUCCCGCCACCGGCCGCCGCCGCCGCCGCUACUGCCGCGGCCGUGCUCGCCGCCGUCGCCCUGCGCCGCUACCUCUCCUCCCGUCCCCGCUCGGCCACGUCCGCGCACAUGAGCAGCGCUGCCCCAGCCGCCGGCGCAACCACCCGCCUCCUGCUCUCCGGCAAGUCCCCCCAGGACCAGCAGCUCCUCGCCUCCGCCGCCAGCGAACUCUCUCUAGAGGAUUUGGGCGGGGGCGAGCUCGCCGUCUCCCUCGCGCCCGACGGCGGCGGGGGCGAGGGCUUCGACGCGGGCGCCUACAUGGACGCGCUCCAGGCGCGGCGCUUCGGGAGGUGGAUGCUCUGGUCGCCGCGGAUGGCCUCCACGCACGACCUCGUGACGCAGAACUUCGCCAAGCUUCCGGUGGGCGUCGUGUGCGUCACAGACGUGCAGUUCAAAGGCAGAGGACGAUCCAAGAACGUGUGGGAAUCACCUCCAGGCUGUCUCAUGUUCUCUUUUACAUCACAGAUGAAUGAUGUACGCAAGCUGCCCCUCGUGCAAUAUGUCGUUUGCCUCGCCAUGACAGAAGCAAUCAAAGAUUUGUUCUGUGCUAAGGGACUUCCAGAGCUAGAUGUAAGGAUUAAGUGGCCUAAUGAUCUAUAUCUGAAGGGGUUAAAAGUUGGUGGCAUUCUUUGUACCUCGUCCUAUGAGCCGAAAGUCUACAACAUUUGCACUGGUAUUGGUUUAAAUGUCGAUAAUGAGAAGCCGACAACAUGUUUGAAUGCUGCACUUCAAGAACUUGAGGCAAAUGCAUCCAGACUGAAGCGAGAAGACAUACUAGCAUCGUUCUUCAACAAAUUUGAAGUUCUUUUUGAGAUCUUCGCAAAUCAAGGAUUUCGGGCUCUCGAGGAGCGAUACUACAAUGCAUGGCUUCACAGUGGUCAAAGAGUCGUUGUACAGGAUGCACAUGAGGACCAGUCUGUAAACAGUGUGGUCACCAUUCAGGGGCUAACACCAAGUGGUUAUUUAUAUGCUAUUGGCGAGGAUGGCAAGAGCUAUGAGCUGCACCCAGAUGGUAACAGCUUUGAUUUCUUCACGGGAUUGGUGAGGAGGAAGAUGGAAGUCUAGUAUUAUGUUGUCAUUACAAAGAUAGUUAGUGAAGUAGUAGAGCACAUUGUACACGGGGCUGGAAGGUAGGAACGAUCCCAGAAUAGAUCAAUGGCAUGGAAGGAUGGUUCAAACAUCAGCACCAUCACCAUUAUGUGCACUGCGUGCUUGGAAACAUGGGUGCUGUUCUCCAGAAAAAUCGAAGUUGCCUUCUCGUGGCAGGUUACUACUUAUGGGGAAGCUCAUUAAAUGCCAAAACUGCUAACAGAGUGUCCUGCUGUAGACUGUUCAUUCGAAAAGCAAGCCUGUUCAAACAAGUUCUUAGCGGGACCCUGUAGAGCAUGAAACGUGAGCUCAGGCCUCGAGGCUGAGACAUAGGAUUAAACUGAAUCUGAAUUCACAUGGACCAAUCAGUCAGGAGCUACUGGAGUCAAUGAAUAGCAGGAUCUGUGAAGAGCUGUGUGGACAAUUCUACGGCUGUUUUUUGUAACAACUUCGAAAACGGUGUGGUCUGUAUGCUUGUGAUUGCAACAAGUGGGCUCUUUUGAAGAUUUGUAUGGGAAUUAUGUAAGAUUUGGAUCCUAUAUUUUGACUCA